UCAAAGUAUCACUCAUUUUAAUUGCUGUUCAACACUAGGUUUUAUUCAAUUUUAUACAAAAGAUAUGGAUUUGAAACUAUUGGCCGUUUCACAAAAAACAGGCUUAGGGGAUGGACCGGAUGCCAAGCGUGUAAUCCAUCAGAAUGAAAACAAUGAAGAUAAAGAUCAAGAGCUGCAUAUGGAUGCAGCCGUCGCACAGUCGGAUCCAGCUGAGGAUAAAGACACGGAUAAGGACAGUGAUUUUAUGAGUAUGGUCGUAGAACGCGGGAGUCUGUUGCCCUCGAACCACGUGCCAGCUUAUACAGGUAAUGGCUGCGAGUCAACGUAUUUGCCUCAGCAGGCGCCUGCAGGCGGUCAACUGCUACCUUGGAUACCAUUUACGGGAGCUCCACCUAAUGAUGUGGCUACUCAAUUUGAAGACAAAACCAUAGAACUCAAGCUAAACAGGAAAAAUAUUAAGCUUAAUCGCAAGGAACAGUACCAGGUGCGUCGACAGAAUGCACUUCGUGCAUUGGCAUUGGAACGUGAGCUGUCUACAAAGACAUCGCCGACACCCACGCUGCUUAUACGUUUUCCUGAUCCAGAGAUUAAGCUUUCUACGGUCACAGACCUCUCACAGAGCAUCAGGGAUGUUGUGUUCCCAGUAUCCAUGGCACAGCGCUAUUGCAUGGUGCAUCUGAAACCCGAUGUGGAUAUAGAGCGCACAAUUGAGGAUAUAAAACGCAUGCGUUUUGGACAAGGCCGCUUGCAUGCUGAGCUGAAGACCUUCACCGAUGACGAACAGGCAGAUUGCAUUGAUCCGUGCUCGCUGUAUGUCAGCAAUAUACCGUUCAACAUGAAUGCCGCUGAGAUAAAGGCGUUUCUAAAUUCCAUGCGUGUUGAUAUUGGCGUCAUGAAGCGUCAAAAGCGUGCGCGCUAUGCCUUUGUACGUUACCCAACCGCCGAGUUGGCCAUGGAAGCCUUCAGAACGCUGACAAGCAAAACGUUACAGAAUCGCAUACUAACUGUGCGAUAUAGGCGCUUACGCAAGCGCAUGGGACCUUCGACAUCUGGCUCGCCGGGCGGCACCUCCUCGCAGACUAUUGACACUAUUGUAACGGAUGAAGACACAGCUGAGUGCAGCGUAAUCUCGCCACCACCUGCUGAAUCUAUUACCAUCAGUGAUAGUGAGGAACACUGCUCGAAUGACAGCGUAGGCAGCAUAUGCAUUGAGCACAAGCAAAUGGGCAAGGGCAAACUAAACGAAUUCAAUAAGAAAUUUCAAAAACUACAGCGGCAAAUGGCAGAACAGGCGGCGCUGAUUAAAAACCUCCAAGAGAGCGUUGUCGGUCGUGUGAAAAUUGAAGCGCAGUCUGAUCUAACUACGGACAAGUCCUCAAUGGUGCCACGAUCCAUUUCUCCUUGCUCCAGCUAUGAAAUCAAAAUGGCAAAUGACUACUUGGGCGUGGCUCAAAGCACUCUGAAUACGGUUUCGCCACAUUCCAGCAAAGCCCCCAAACUGCCCAUUGAUGGCAUGGAGUCUGCUGUAAAAUCAAACAAUUGUUUUGGCUGGCUGUUUUCAGGCCUUGGACGUCGCCGCAGCUUUAGGAUUGAUCCCACCACCAAUACAAACACUCAAGCUACCAAUUAAGCUAUCCCAAAGCAAAUAUUAGAGGAACGCUCAAAAUUCUAUGUCCAUUGAGAAAAUAUUUUAUAAGUCAACGAUUUGUAUAAAUUUUGUACCAACCGGGAGCGUAGUGGUUUCUAUGCGACUAUUUUCGUUUGUUUAUUUUGUAUACUUUUCGAUCACGCGUUUCGCAUACAAUUUUAUAAAAUUAUUACACAAUAAUUAUGAUUGUAAUAAUAGUAGUAUGUAAAUAAAAUUAUAUUUCGGUUUUAAAUAUUAAACCCGAAAAAUAUCGCUUAAGUAUCACUUAGAUAUAAAUUAGUAUGAAAUGUGAUAAUGAAAUAGUGAAAAUACUUUAAUGCAACGUCUACAUAGUUUCUUGUAUAUGUAUGUGUACAUAUUUUAAUUGACAGCACUUACUGCUCAACUCGUAUCAUUAGUAGUAAGUUUAACAAGUAAGAACUAAACUAUAUUACGCUUCAUUUGAAAUUUUCAUUCAUGUGGUAUGUAUAUGGCUCGUUAUACUUAAUAUCGCAAUUGUCAUAUUUCAAGAACAUCAUAUAUUAUGCUAUGACAUGACUAAUUUCUGUUUGAUCAGUUCCUUUCUAUUUACUCUUUGUUGUGGAAUGUAAUAAAUAUUUAAGGUUCAUUUACAUAAGUUACUCGUAUUUACACACAACAACAAUAUUUAAGGCACCCGAUUAAGCAUUGCUCAAAUGAUAUGGUAUGCAUAUGCAUACUUCCGUUACAAUUUAUUCGAAUUGUGUAUGAACCGUUUUCUAGGCACUAGUGUAGUAUGUGAUGAGGCAGCCAACCAAUUUUGGUAAAAAUAAACAAAAAAA